AUGGAGACGUCUCACACACACACACACACACACACACACACACACACACACAGUGUGUCUCUGACCCCUCCCUCCGCUCCGUCACAGAGACACACUGUGUCGUCUCACUGGACAAUGGACACACACACACACACACACACACACACUCACAGGAUGGCUGCCGCCUCGCCUUGCCGCUGUCGAACGCCUCAGACCUUCAUCAUCUUCCUCUUCGUCCUGUCAGGAGGACCGUUUUUGUCUGUUUCCUGUUUUAAAGUGGCGGAGGGGGGCGUGGCCUCUCUGACGUGUCAGUACUCGGUGAAGCGGUUCGGGCUGAGUCGGGUCUGCUGGGGUCGCGGCUGCGGGACCUUCUGGUGCAACAACAUCCUGGUGCAGACGGACGAGCACGGCGUCAUCACUAAGGUGACGGACCGAUACCGGCUGACGGGGGACGUGCUGGAUGGACAGAUGGACCUGGACAUCCUGAACGUGAGGCGGACGGACAGCGGGCCGUACUGCUGCAGGGUGGACAUCGACGGGAUCUUCAACGACAAGAAGGUGAUCAUGAACCUGAGAGUGGUCAAAGCUCCGGUCACCAGUUCACCUCCAACCACAACCACAUCAACAACAACCAAUCAGGUGACGGAGCCGUCGGCCUCCACAGUAAACUGGAAAUCUCUGCUGUCGUCUCAGCUGGACCUUCUGAGGAGGAACUCCACGCUGCUGCGGUCCGAAACCGUCACGGUAAAGGACUCUCUGCCGUCUGUCUCUCUUCAGAUCAACGUUCCCGUCCUCUCGCUCUCCCUCACUGUGCUGUUGAUCUUAGCCGGAGUUUUCCUCUUUCUGGCCUUCAAACGUGGAGUUUACAGAAGAGCCAUAAAAACCGGCUGUUUCUCCUCUGAAGAACCUCCUCACAUCAUCUACGAGAUCCGGAUGAGGAGACCAGUCCAGGAGAACAUCUACACCCUGGACUAGAGCGCCUCCGUUCACCUUUCU